UGCCUCCCUCUCCACCUUUUUCACUCUGCCUUUUGCAUACCAGAGUGCAGACUGCAGCAGGACCAACGGGCUUUCCUCAUUCUUGAAGAGCAGGAGAAUCAAGGGACCGUUAUCAGCCAAAAGGAAAGGAGUGAUAUUCUCUUCUGAAGGCUCUUCCAAGAGUUUGCAGGUUCUACGGCAGAGACGUGCAGGUUUAUAUCUGGCCCCCGCUUGGCUGUGUUCGGACCCUCGGGACAGGCCCACUUGCACACCGGCUUGCCUGCCCCCAUCCCCCCUCCAUCCUCAUCAGCUGUAGGAUGUCUGCGGCUCUCUGCUAACGAGGCGUCGGCGAGCAGCAGUAAUGGGCGCUGCGCUGGCCGGAUUCCCCACCACCCCCUCCAAUACCACUCUGCCACCCUCAGCACCACCACCUCCACCACGCUGCCCCCCCAGGACGGGCGCUCCCCUCAGCCCCGCUGAUGGGCGAAGACACUGACGCCACCCUUACGCUCAACCACCGCGGCUUCCUCCCCGACCACAACUAUGUGACUGAAGGGCUGCUCCUGGCUAUAGCCUGAAGAGCUCCGCCCAUCCGUCCACCCCUCUCCACCCAGGAGUCUUCCCCCAGGAUGUUGAGCCCAAUCCAGGUGCUGUGCUCCGACAUCACUACCCUUUCUCUGGAGCCUGAGCCGUUUGCCUCUUACACUGAAGCCGACAUCAUCUCCACUGUUGAGUUCAACCACACAGGAGAGCUGCUCGCUACUGGGGACAAGGGAGGCAGAGUGGUCAUCUUUCAGCGAGAACCUGAGAGCAAAACCGAGCUGUUCUCCCAGGGAGAGUACAACGUCUACAGCACUUUCCAGAGCCAUGAGCCAGAAUUUGACUACCUAAAGAGUCUGGAGAUCGAGGAGAAAAUCAAUAAAAUCCGAUGGCUGCCUCAGCAGAACGCGGCGCACUUCCUCCUCUCCACCAAUGAUAAAACCAUUAAGCUGUGGAAGGUGAGUGAACGAGACAAACGGCCGGAGGGAUACAACCUGAAAGAUGAGGAGGGUCGGAUCAAGGACAUUUCCACUGUAACCUCCCUACAGGUGCCUGUUUUGAAGCCCAUUGACUUAAUGGUGGAGGCGAGCCCGCGGCGGGUGUUUGCCAACGCCCACACCUAUCACGUCAACUCCAUCUCGGUCAACUCGGACCACGAGACCUACAUGUCCGCCGAUGACCUGAGGAUAAACCUCUGGCAUCUGGACAUCACCAACCGCAGCUUCAACAUUGUGGAUAUUAAGCCAGCCAACAUGGAGGAUCUGACAGAGGUGAUCACAGCGGCAGAGUUUCACCCCCACCACUGUAACCUGUUUGUGUACAGCAGCAGCAAAGGCACCAUGCGCCUCUGUGACAUGAGGGAGGCGGCGCUGUGCGACCGACACUCCAAAUUGUUUGAGGAGCCGGAGGACCCCAGCGCUCGCUCCUUCUUCUCCGAAAUCAUCUCCUCUGUGUCUGACGUCAAGUUUAGCCACAGCGGGCGCUACCUGCUCACCAGAGACUACCUGACUGCCAAAGUAUGGGACCUUAACAUGGAGAGCAAGCCGCUGGAGACCUACCAGGUUCACGAUUACCUCCGCAACAAGUUGUGCUCCCUUUAUGAAAACGACUGCAUCUUCGACAAGUUCGAGUGCGCCUGGAACGGCUCAGACAGCAUGAUCAUGACAGGAGCCUACAACAACUUCUUUCGCAUGUUUGACCGCAACACCAAGCGUGAUGUGACCUUAGAAGCGUCCCGGGAGAGCAGCAAACCCCGAGCCGUGCUCAAGCCGCGCAGGGUUUGUGCCGCCGGGGGCAAGCGGCGCAAGGACGACAUCAGCGUGGACAGCCUGGACUUCACCAAGAAGAUCCUGCACACGGCGUGGCACCCAACGGAGAAUAUCAUCGCCAUCGCUGCCACCAACAACUUGUACAUUUUCCAGGACAAACUCAACUCGGAGAUGCAUUCGUAAGCGCCAGUCGAGAUGCACCAAUGUCAGAAUGUACGCAAUCAAACGCUCACAGGACAAAGCCUCAAGUGACCGGAUGAGCAUCCUACGUCACAUACAAACACGCUCACCUCUUCAUCAACCUCGGACAAGUGGAAGGACCUUAAAUCAGGUUAUGAUGGGAUUAUGGAGUCUCUUUGGAAUAGCAACCUCAGACUGGAAAGAUGUUUACAUGUUGUUCUUGUUUUUCACUGCACCCUUGUGUAUUUUUAGCCAUGGACAUACUGUAAUCCAAUUCAAACCUGUUGAGUGAUGAUAAAUGGGGCAUUGAUGUUUCCGGUCAUAUGUUUGAUUUAAUAUCCUCCAUUUAUGUUUCUGUCCGUUCUCUGUAACGUAUGACAAUGACAUGACGAUGGUUAUAAUACGUCCCUCAUAAUCCAAGAUCUCUCCGGUUCAGGAGAGUCUCACAUGGCUUCAGAGGGAAGCAGAAGUGCGGUUUCACGUGUGGAUGCACACAAUUAUCUCCUCCACAUGUUUGCAAAUCUCACAGGUUCUGCUUUUGGUCUGUGGCUGCAUUUUGCUCUCCUUUAAUACAAACAAACCCCCAAAAAAUCCUUUUAAAAUCAUCAACUAAGCAAAAAUAUGCUGCAUGUCACAAGAUAUAGCCUACUAUAGACUGACUGACUGACUUGGCUGCCUUCUUAACCACUUAGACCCAGCUGUACAAAAAUGCUCACAGCACGAAGAAACCAUUGUUGACCGAACUCUCUUUACCUUUGCGUCUGUGGAUGCAUGUUUACUGAUGUUCGGUUCAUUACUCUUACAUCUUACCAGUUGGAAUGAAGCUGUACGGGAUCCAUCCGGUGUAAAGGCGAUCCAAUACAAAUGUUUGGGGUUAUUGUUCUACUCUAAAAGAAAAAAAAGGGCCUAAAUGGUUGGUGCCUGUAUCAACCUUCGCUUUGGACACGUAUGAGAAUUUUGUUUCAAAUCCAUCAAGUGACUGUGGACUCAAUGAUUUACAAGAUGAUUGUCUCCAAAGCGACAGCAGAGAGAUGCUCCGUUUAUCUCUUCAGCCAUCCUUACUGAUUACUUUGCUAAUGUCAAGAAUUGUUUAUUUUUGGAGAACAAUUUAUUCUUUUAUUUCACUUUUUAAAUAAUAAAAACAAAUCCACUUUUCUCCAUGUGCUGACCAAACUAAAGUCAAAUAUUGCAUAUUUUUGUGCUCAUGUAAGUUGAUGACAAACCUGUCACACACAGGCAGGAAUGAAAAAUUCUGGGAAGGUUUUGGGAAUAAAGAUUUCGACAAUUGCA